CAUCCCUCCUGCGAUUGAGCGCAAUAAAUAAAUGUCGAUCCUAAAACCACUCUGAUCACUUCAUAACCGAGGCUAAACAGGAAGUGAGACCCUUCACUUAUUGGCCAGGGUGAUGAUGCAGGGUGAUGAUGUAAUGUUAGAGCUAUUUAAAGGGGCUUUCGCAGCUGUUCAGAGUUCAGAUGACUCACAUUGACUCGUGUUUAGUUUCCUCCUCUCAUGAGCAGACAGGAAGAGAGAGACAGACUUCCCGUAACUCACUUUUCUUCCCUUGUCAAAAGAUUGCUGGUGAAACAGCAUCAGUUCAGGAGCUUAACACCACAGGAGGCGGCUCUAGCGCUCAGCCGGCCAAUCACAGCCACACAGCUCGACCGGUGACCGGCUCAGAGGGCUGGGCUUUGAGCUUGAGAAAAGCACCGGCAGAAGCAAAGAGAGCAGAAGGACCGACGACGCAUCGUGCGGUGUACAUCUGUCUACCGUGAUCAUGUGUCAGCCGAGCCUGAAGCAGCAGCAGCAGCAGCGGCGGAGCGCAGUAGGGAAAUGGUGAGAUGUUGCAGGGCUUUGCACAGGCCGUCCUCUUGCUACAAUCUCCACAGAGUCAGGGUUGAUGCCCGGCGCCUCCGACCACUCGGCUCCUCCUCCUUAGCAGGAGCGUCAGGGGGGUCUGCGGUCGGCAAUAGAAACGCUGAUGCCAAAGGCCCCGGUGCUCCGGGGGUCGUUCAGAUCAGCCAUCAGAGCCGUUUCAGGUUGCAGUUCCCGCAGUUGGCAUUGCGGCGGCGCCUCGGACAGCUGAGCUGUAUGUCCCGGCCCACUGCCCGACUCCGCUCAUGGCCACUCUCCUUCCUCCACUACAUACUUCCAUUCGCUGUACUCAAGCCCUUCGCCAAGGUGGGCUGGCGGCCGACAAGCAGAGUAACCAUAUACAAGACCAUACCAACACGGCUGCUCUCCAGGGCCUGGGGUCGUCUUAACCAGGUCGACCUUCCCAUCUGGUUACGGAAACCCAUUUAUAGUUUGUACAUAUGGACAUUUGGUGUGAACAUGAAGGAGGCAGCUGUGGAGGACCUGCAGCAUUACAGGAACCUGGGCGAGUUCUUCAGACGCAAGCUCAAACCACAGGCCCGACCUGUGUGCGACUCGCACUGCGUGAUCAGUCCAGCUGAUGGGAAAAUCCUUCACUUUGGCCGUGUGAAGAACUGCGAGGUGGAGCAGGUGAAGGGGGUCACCUACUCUCUGGAGACCUUUCUUGGUCCAUGCACAUGGACCGAGAGCUUAGCUAUCAACAAGGAUGAGGAUGACGACAGCAAUUUCCAAAACCUGCUGGUGACGAAGGAGGGGAAUGAGCUGUACCACUGCGUGGUCUAUCUGGCACCGGGAGAUUAUCAUUGCUUCCACUCACCCGCUGAUUGGAGAGUUGUGAACAGACGCCAUUUUCCAGGCUCUCUGAUGUCGGUGAACCCAGGCAUCGCGCGCUGGAUUAAAGAGCUCUUCUGUCAUAACGAGCGCGUGGUGUUAAGCGGAGAAUGGAGACACGGCUUCUUUUCACUAACUGCUGUCGGAGCCACCAACGUCGGAUCCAUCCGGAUCUACUUUGACAAGGAGCUGCGUACCAACAACCCUCGUUAUAGUAAAGGCUCCUACAACGACUUUAGUUACGUGUCUAACAACAACCAGGAGGGCGUGAGUCUGCGCAAAGGUGAGCACCUGGGCGAGUUCAACCUGGGCUCCACCAUCGUUCUGCUUUUUGAAGCUCCACAAGACUUCACUUUUAACCUCACAGCAGGCCAAAAGAUCCGUUUCGGAGAACCUCUGGGGACGAUGCAGACAUGAGAGCGGUGCACGGUGCAGGGACACUCUGAUCCAAAAUGUGCAGACUUUCCAGAGUGUUCCACAAACUAACACACAGCGCACAAGAAGGAACAACUCGUACUCGACGAUGUGGACGGAGUCACGGCACCACCGUUGCAUUAUUGUGAUUAGAUAGUCACGUUUACUUCAGAGGUGUUUAUAAUGAAUUUUUUUUAAUUAUUAUUAUUAAAAGUUCUCUCUUAACAUGCUAAGCUUAGACCAUCAAAGUGUUUGUUUUAAGAGUUGGUUUAGUAGAACUUUUUUUUUUUUAUGCUUCAGAUGUUUUUAUUUCUGUUGUAAUUUGUGAAAUUAUUUUUAUUUUUUAAUUUUUAUUUUUUAUUUUUUUUUUGCCAUAUUGCCUUUUAUCAUUUGUUUUGGGGUGGAUGGAUUUUUCAGGGGUUUGUAGCACAGAUAAAGAUUUAUAUACACAUCUGGACUAUGUACACUUUGGCUCUUUGGAUUUUUUUCUUUUCAUGAAUUUUUUUUUUUUUUUUGUGCUCCACAGUAAAGCUCUUAUUCCGUGUAUAAAACUAAAAUAACCUGCAAUAACCUGCUAUUAGCUUUUUAGUUUAGACAUUGAUAAAAGGACAGUUAAGUAAACGUGCCGUGCUGAGCUCUGGAAAUGAAACGGCACGAACCUCUCAGACAAACGUACACCUUGUGGAACAGAGAGCAAGUGGAUGAAAAAAAUCAGAGAAGAACAGAAAUACAGUUAUUAUUCUUUUUUUUUUUUCCAUAUCACAUCAUCAACCUGACAACAUUUACAGCAUUUAGCAGACCUGACAACAAAUCUAACAUUAUGUUGUAGUUAUAGCAAACUAUUUUAGUCGGAUAAUACGUUAUAUUAUUUGUCACAAGUGACAAGAUUUCGAACGCGGCAGCAGUUUUGUACUUUCUCCUUUCCUGCUAACUCGAUAAGCUCUUUUUCUAAAUCUUUCUGUAGCUGCGAUUCAAUCUGCAAUUUCACUAUUUUCCACUACAUACAGUAAAGCGUAACUAUACAUCGAUUUAAAACGUAUACAGUGUCGUUUGGUCAAAAAUUGUAAUUCUUGGAACUUUUUGCUGCUGUAAUUCUCCUUGGAAAAUAUUUCUCUAUACUCGUUCCUCACAAAAAUCCGCCGUGAAAAAGGUGUCCGCUUGUUUGAGAGACGUUUUAGGUCGCUAACCUGCUUCGCUGAAAAAUAGGAUCGAUUUAGUUUGCACAUGAAUUCCUGCUUUAUCUCCUUCACUGAAAAAUCAAGCAGCCAAAACGUUCAUGAGCUCGUACGGGCGACACGUAGAAUCCUAGAAAGAAAGGUUUGAAAAGCUGUUUGUUUCAAACAGAACCUGUUUUUCUUAACUUUUCUUAAAUGAACGCUCGAGUCUCUUGUUAAUGAUGGAGAAUUCCACAAUCCUCACUGCCACAUGUUUAGCUCAUGUUUUACUCUGUUCACACCGGCAGCGAUUUCUGACUCCGUUGCCAUGGUUUCCCUGGUAGCCGUACGAAUCCGUAUUCGUAAAAACUAUCUAAUAUAAAUGUCUACAAAACUUUCUACUUUCCUGUUCUAAAUCAGUCUGUAGCUGCGAUAAAAUGUUUCCCAGAUGUUCCACUACAUAAAGCGUAACUAUACAUCAAUUUAAAAAGUGUCGGUCGUUAUUAUUGUAAUUGUUAUUGUAACAAUAAACAAAUCAGAUGAACAUGUAAUAGACAUGCCGUAAUUCUCCGUGCGUCUUAUGUUCUGUAUAGCUGCUUUGAAACGAUGUCCAUUUAAUAAAAUUGAAUUGAAUUGAAAACUAGUCAUUUUAACCCUAAAUACCGUUUGUGUAUAAUAUCUUGUUGUAAAUCUCUGCUGUCUAACGCACUUAAAAUGUGGGGAAAUGGAACACUUAAGCUUGUAGCUGCAGAAAGUUUCACCAGCCGUCUCAAGAGCUGCCGAAGAAGAUAAAAAACCGCCAUGUGAGGAAAAGAAAAAAAACUUUCCAACACUAAGAUUUGGUGCAGACGAAUUGCUUCAUUUGCUGAAUUUUAUCCUGUCGCAUCAGAAAUCACCAGUUUUAACUGCAAACGAAUGAUUUCCACAACGCUUGGUUACGCUGCUUCUGAGGAAUCGUUCGAGCCAGUCGUCUAGAUCUGAAGCUUUACAGCACUUGUAUAGUAUUAAGAAAAUCUCGCUUUUAAAUGUCAAAAAAAAAAAAAAGUAGAAAAUAAUGUGUUAAAUGUUAAAUGUCGAAAAUAACCGACUUCAUUUUACGUGUCGCUGCUGGUGUGAACACGGCGCUAGACCUGAAGCGCCUUUACUUCAGUUCCCCCUUUAGUACGCUAAUAUUAUCAUAUAAUAAUAAUAAUAAUAAUAUCGACUAGUAAUGAAUUUCAAAUUCAUAAGAAAAAAAUUGGUCCCAGAUGUUUCAUCUCUUCUGCCAAGGUGAUGGGUUUAUUACAUGUUUAAUAUGUUUAAUAUCUGUUUAAUACUUGUUUAUUCCAGUGUUAGAGUGGCAGAUUUACACAGUAUUGCACUACUGUACUGCAUGCCAAUUUGUCUGUAAAAUACUUGAACUCCAACACUGCAUAGAUUUAACUACAGCGUAGACGAAACUGUAAAACGUCCUUGGUAAAAAGAA